GACUUCAUCUUUCGAACCCUCAGAGCUGGUCUCAUCACUUACUUUACGCAAAAACGAACAUCAUCUUCGGUGCCGUGCGCCCCUCAUAACUUUGCAUUUUCUCUCCUACUCUCGCUAAACUCGAAAUUCACAAUGGUUCAUUCUCGUGCCGUUAUCACUACUCUCCUCGCUGUCGGAACUGCAUCUGUGCUCGCAGCUCCUGUUCCUGAAAGCUUUGCCAACGUUCUCGCUGCUCGAGGACCGGAAGACCAACCUCCUCCAGGUGCCUUUGGUCAACAACCUCCUCAAGGUCUACAAGCGGCUUCAGUGGCCAAGAACCUCAAGGUGGUCCUCCUGGCGCUCUCAGUCAAGGUCCCCAGUCACCUGCUGGGUCUCCUGGAUUCCAUGGUCCUCCCCACCUCGGUGGACAGUUCGGAAUUCCGCACAGUGGACUUGAAGGCAUGCGAGGUCCUGGACCUCAUCCGCCUCCUGGAAACAUGUUUCCGCCAGGUCCACCCGGAGGUACGCAAGGUCCUCCGCCCCCGCACCACUUUAAGCCUCGUGAUGACAUGCCGCAUCCUCCUCCACAAGGCCCUCCGGGAGGAUCUGGCGAACUUCAGUCACCUCAUCCUUCUCACUUUGGGCGUCGGCAGAUGCCUGGACAGCAGGGCCCUCAGGGCCCUCCCCCGGCGGGUCAGCACCCUCAAGAUCCAGCUGGUGGACCCCAAGGCAUGCAACAAGGCGCGCCUCCCGCAGACAGGGCCGGACCGGGUGGGCCUCAGUCUGCUCACCAACCCUUUGGACGUCGGCAAUCACCUCAAGGACCACCUCAAGAUCAUAUAAUUAAGCAGCAAGGUGAACAAGUCGGACAUGAAGGUCACGGUGGACAAGGUACUAU